AUGACUCAAAAUUCAAAAGCUUCUUCGAAAAUUCAAAUUCCCAUUUGGCUGGAUUGUGAUCCAGGCCACGAUGAUGCCGUAGCUAUCUUGCUGUCGUGCUUCCUUCCUCAGUUUAAACUCCUGGGCAUCAGUGCUUCCUAUGGUAACGCUCCACCAGACAAAACUGCCUACAACACCCUGUCGCUGAUCACCGCAAUGGGGAAACAAAAUCAAAUUCCAGUUUACGCCGGUGCUCAGAGACCCUGGGUUCGCAAACCUAUAUAUGCGCCCGAUAUCCAUGGUCAGUCCGGCUUGGACGGCACAUCGUUGCUUCCCGAACCCAAGGCUCGUCUUUGUUCUGACCAAAGUUAUCUAAACGCAAUGACCAACGCAAUAGAGGCAUACACAGGGACUAUAUCCAUUGUUUCUACAGGCUCUCUUACCUCCACAGCUACUUUGUUUAAUGAAAGACCACAUUUGAAGUCGAUGGUCAAGUUCAUCAGUGUCAUGGGCGGAGGCAUCAACGAGGGCAACAGAAACGAAAACGAAACUGCCGAGUUCAAUAUCUGGAUAGACCCUCAUGCUGCUAACAUGAUUUUCCAGGACCCAAUUCUUAGCUCCAAAUGCAUUUUGGUGCCUCUGGACCUCACCCACCAAGCCAUAGCCACUAAGGAAAUCGAACUCAUGGUUUUAUCAGAUGGCUCUUCGAAUCUAAGAAGACUCUUUUAUGAGCUUUUCAUUUUCUUUGGCCAGAGCUACGAACAUGCCCAAGGUUUUGAGACAGGGCCUCCCGUACACGAUCCCUUAACGCUGAUACCACUGCUGGAAUUCUAUCACAUCGAAACUCAUGAGACUGUAGCCUUUGAGUAUAGACGGCUACAACUACAGGCCAUAGAUCAUGAAAAUAGCCCCAAUUUGGGACAAACUAGAGUCCUGAAAGAAUACCCGAAAACCUGUGAUACCGGGACCAUUGUUGGGUUUAAACUCAAUAUGCUUUACUUCUGGGACCAAGUAAACCUGGCGCUUGGAUUGGCCUCCAAAAGUGCUACUAUAUAA